ACAGCCCGGGAAGAGAUGAUGCUGAUGAGGCCGCGGUUGCUCUCCCCCUCGCCGCCCUCCUCCCGCCGCGAGCCCCGCCCCCGCACCCUCUCCGAGGCUUCCAGAGUCUCCUCCUCCUCCGCCCGCCCUCCCGGCCCCGGCCCCCGCCCCUCCUCCAACAAGCAGCGCCCGCCGCCCAACCUCCGCCGCCUCACCGCCCGCAUCGUCGACCUCACCCGCCGCAGGCAGCUCGCCCAGAUCAUGGCGGAGGUGGAGGCGUCCAAGCGGCGCGCGCGCUCGGGAAGGGGAGGGGGCGUCAACAUCAUCGUGAUGAACGCCGUGCUCGAGGCCUGCGUGAGCUGCGGCGAUGUCGACCUCGCGGUCCAGCUCUUCGACGAAAUGCGCGGGCCCAUGGGGUGUGGCGUCGACGGCGUCUCGUAUGGCAUCCUGCUCAAGGGUCUGGGGAUAGCUAGAAGGAUUGAUGAAGCAUUCGAGAUACUGGAAUCAGUUGAGAAAGAUACUUCUGAUGGGAGCCCCCGGCUCUCUCCUCAUCUUAUAUGUGGUUUUCUAAACGCCCUUAUCGAAGCAGGAGAUAUGAGGCGUGCCAAUGCUCUUGUUGCUCGUUUUCGCCAAGUCCUUUACGAAGGACAGUCUGUGUUACUAUACAACUUACUGAUGAAGGGAUACAUGAAAAGCAACUUCCCUCUUGGAGCGUUAACUGUUAAAGAUGAGAUCUUGCGUCAAGGGUUGAAGCCUGAUAGAUUGACGUACAACACCAUCAUUUUUGCAUGUGUAAAAUCAGCACAGAUUGAGAAGGCUUUCCAAUUUCUUGAAGAUAUGAAGGAUGAAGCUAAAAGGGAUGAUAAUCCUGAACUCCUCCCGGAUGCUGUUACCUACACAACAUUACUUAAGGGUUUAGGAAAUAGCCAAGAUCUUUAUUCAGUUCUGAAGAUUGUGGUGGAGAUGAAAUCAUCACUUGUUUCAAUUGACAGGACUGCAUACACAGCUAUGGCAGAUGCCUUUCUAGCUUGCGGGUCCAUUGACGGGGCUCUUUGCAUUUUUGGUGAGAUAAUAAAGCAGGCUGGCGACAACAAAGACUUGAGGGCCAAGCCUCAUCUUUAUCUUUCAAUCAUGAGAGCUUUUGCUACUAUAGGUGAUUUUGAUAUGGUAAGGAGAUUGAAAGAACGCAUGUGGCCAGAUUCAGUUGGAUCCAUUAGCCGUUCAGUUAAACAAGAGGCAGAUGAGCUAUUAAUGGAAGCUGCUAUAAAUAACAAUCAGGUAGAUGUGGCUAGAAGACUUCUCAGAAGAAUAGUUAACGGGAAGGAGCAUUUCUCUUGGAGAAGUAGAGUAGGCCUGGUGGCACUCAAAGUUGAAACGCUAUCUGGAUUCACCAACUCUCCUCUUAGACCACAUGUAUUUCCACAGAUUCUCUUGAAUGAUCCUGUCGAGAAGUAUAUGAUUCCGUUUCGAGAAAGUCAACCGUUAGGUGCUGACUUGAUCUUGGAAAAUGUUGCGAUGCGAUUCUUGAAAGACUCUGCGGUUCCUCUUGUGAAUGACUGGGGAAGUUGUGUUGGAAUAGUUCACAGCCGCGAUUGUACCAAGAUGGACUCGCCUCUUCUUUCAAUGGCGAGACCACCACUGUGCGUGCCUUGUUCAACCUCGCUGGAGCACGUCAUUGAUCUCCUCCUCAGAGAGAAGUGCGAGAUGGUGGUGGUGGUGAAAAGCGGUAACAUGUACGAAGGCAGCUACACAUCCAGCUCAAGGCCACUGGGCGUCUUCUCCCUCGGUAUCCUGUCGGAGGCCACGACCAACACGGCAAACACCCAUGACGAGCGCGUCUCCGGGGCAGCACCACCCGGCAAGGACCCUGAAGCCCGCGGCCGUGGCUGAGUGCACGUAGCUAUUCUUGUGCUGUUGUCUACCAUGACUCGUCAUCAGUGUGCUUAUUAGCGCUGUAUACAUGUCGAUGGAGAAGAGCGGAAAGUUUUAACCGUGGCAAAUCUGUUAUUAAGCUGACCCUACCGCUCUGUGCGAGUGAUGUAACCUCUGAUACAUACGCGCAGCAAAGGUGUCAGUGGGCCAGAAAUUCUCAA